AUGGAAGGAUUCAUCAACAAAGCUAAGGAGUUUGCCAACUCUGACGAAGGCAAGAACGCCAUCAACCAGUUCUCUGGCGGCAACAAGAACCAGGGCUCCAACAACUCGUCCUCGGGUUACGGAGGUAACAGCAACGACGACAGCUACGGCAACAACAACUCUUCCUCCGGCUUCGGCGGUAGCAACAACAACGACAACGACAGUUACGGAAGCAACAACUCUUCGUCGGGCUUGGGCGGCAACAACAACAACAAUAACAACAACAGUGACAGCUACGGCUCGAACAACUCGUCGUCCGGAUACGGAGGCAACAGCAACAACAACGACAGCUAUGGCUCCUCCAACAACAAUGACUCCUCGUCGUUCGGCGGCUCCGGCGGUCGCGGUGGCAACUCCGGAGGCUACGGCAACGACAACUCUGACAGCUUCGGCUCGUCGGGUGGCCGCGGUGGCAACUCCGGUGGCUACGGCAACGACAACUCGGACAGCUUUGGCUCAUCGGGUGGCCGCGGUGGCAACUCCGGUGGCUACGGCAACGACAACUCGGACAGCUAUGGCAGCAGCGGUGGCCGUGGCGGCAACAGCGGCGGCAACAGCGGUGACUACGGCAGCAACACUAGCUAUGGAUCGGGCAACAACAACAGUGACGACUACUAA